AAACUAAAAAAGAGCCGCAAAGCUAAGCCCCUGAUUACCUUCCGGCGACAACAUCGCCACAUUUCCGCCGUCGUAUCCGGCGGCUCAUAUGACCUCGGCCGGUCAAUUGAAACCUAAUUUGGACAGCGAAAACGAUACCGGAAAAGCAUCUCCGGGGGACAGUGGAGGGACUUCAGGCAUGAGGCUCGUUGUGCCCUUACAAGGUGUAGUUCAAGGCAGAGGCGGCCUUAUUUUAGGCUCACUCAUUCCUUGUGCACUUUUCUACUUCCUCCAAUUCUACUUGAAACGACACCGUACUACCCCGUCUUCUUCUAAUCCUCCGUCACCGUCCACGUCAUCGCCGAACCUAUCCGAUUUACAACGCUCGUCUUCACGUUUAAAUUUGUCAACUCGUGGUUCCGUUGGCCGUGUCUUUUUGUCUUCAAGGGCUAGUUUGGUUGCUGCACCGAAUGAUUCCCCUUACUACGUUGGAAUGGAUAGGUUCCGAGCGGAUCCAUACGAUGAAUUGGAUAAUCCCGACGGUGUUAUUGAUCUCGGAAUUGCGGAAAACAGGUUGUCGCUUGAUCUGAUUGAGAAGUGGAUUUCAAGCAAUGUGAAUAUUGGAAGUGGCGGUGAUGGAUUGAAUAUCAAUGGAAUUCUUACAUACCAGCCAUUUGAUGGAAUGGCUGAGCUGAAAGUGGCCAUGUCAGGCUUCAUGUCUCAGGUCAUGGGAGAAAAAGUGUCAUUUGAUCCAUCUCGAAUGGUGUUGACAUCAGGUGCAACUCCGGCCAUUGAAGUUCUAUGCUUUUGUUUGGCUGACCAUGGAAAUGCUUUGCUUGUUCCAACCCCCUAUUAUCCUGGCUUUGAUAGGGACAUAAGAUGGAGAACUGGUGUAGAUCUUAUACCUGUUUACUGUCGUAGCUCCGAUGCUUUCAUGGUGGACAUAACAACUCUUGAUCAAGCAUUUAAUCAUGCUAGAAAGCGAGGGAAAAAGGUCCGUGGAAUACUCAUCUCAAACCCGUCUAACCCUGUAGGGAACAUACUGAAUAGGGAAAUGCUAUAUAGAAUCUUAGAUUUUGCGAGGGAGAAGAACAUCCAUGUAAUAUCAGAUGAAAUAUUUGCUGGAUCUAAUUAUGGUGGUGAAGAGUUUGUAAGCAUUGCUGAAAUUCUUGAUGAAGAUGAUGCUGACAGGGACAGGGUGCAUAUAAUAUAUGGAUUAUCCAAAGACCUUUCUGUGCCAGGGUUUAGGCUUGGCGUUCUGUAUUCCUUCAAUGAGAAUGUUGUGGCAGCAUCUAAAAAGUUGACAAGAUUUUGUGCCGCUUCGGCACCAACACAGAGCCUAUUAGUUGCAAUGCUUUCAGAUGCUGGGUUCAUCAAGGAUUAUAUGAGAACAAACAGAGAGAGAUUGCGCAAAGUGUUUGACUUAUUUGUGGCAGGUCUAAAACAAUUGGGCAUCGAAUGCAUGAAAAGCAGUGCAGGCCUGUAUUGCUGGGUUAAUAUGAGCGGAUUGAUUGGCCCUUAUAAUGAAAAGGGAGAGCUUGAGCUGUGGGAGAAGCUCUUGAAUGUAGCUAAGAUAAACGUGACUCCAGGGUCAGCUUGCCAUUGUAUUGAACCUGGAUGGUUCAGAUGUUGUUUUAGUACAGUAGAAGAAAAGGGCAUUCCUGUAGUUAUGGAACGGAUACGUAAAGUUGUUGAACUAGUUAGGCCUUCUGAUUAAAUGUUUAUAGCUUUAAAAUAGUGUAUGCUUUGUUAGUUAUGUCAUCUUUUUUCUGAGAAUGCACUGUCCCUAUUUUGGAAUUCGGUAUGUGCAUCAUUGACAGUUAAUACUAAAGUUGCACUCAUGUUGCCAAUUUUAUAAUUCCAAGCUGUACAGUAGAA